AUGUCCGAAAGUGAGGCAGUGGAUAUUUCCACUUUACCCUUGCCACAAAUUCAAGAAAUCGCAAAACAAUAUGAACAAAAAAUUCAGUUUCUUAACGCUUCAUUACAACAGUUUCGAAUGCUUCAAGGAAAGUUCGCCUCUUCUAGAGAUUGUCUGAAGCAAUUUACGGCCGAAAAUAAGGAUAAAAAUACGUUAAUUCCAUUAACUUCAACACUUUGUGUUCCUGGGAAACUUAUAAAUCCUUCACGUGUUAUCGUACAUAUUGGAACUGGAUAUUUUGCUGAAAUGGAAGCUGAAGAUGCCAAGAAGCACUUUAAUAGUCGUAUCGAAUUUAUUGAUAAGCAGAUUGAAAAGGUGGCUCCCGUUUUGGCCCAGAAAACUCAAGAGCACAGAGCAAUUAUGAGCGUCCUAGAAGCUAAAGCGAAGGCACUUAUGAAAGCUCAAGCAGCUAAACAAUCGUAA